CAACAUUCCAGCAGAGGCACUGAAUGCAGAUGCAACAGAACCUGCAAAGAUAUUACGUAUUCUUUUUAGUAAGAUUUGCGAUGACGAACAAUUGCCGCUGACAGACUGAAAAGGACAUUUGAUCAAAAUAGCAAAGAAAGGCGGAGGAAGAAAUGAGUAAGAAGCACUGGAAAUUGAUAGGACACACAUUGAGGAAAUCACCCAACUGCGUCACAUGACAAGCCGUCACAUGGAAUCCUGAAAGUCAAAGGAGUACAGGAAGACCAAAGAACACAUUAGACCGAGAAAUGGAGACAGAUAUAAGAAGAGUGAACAAAAGUUGAAUAGAACUAGAAAGGUAGGCGCAUGACUGAGUGUGCAUGUGUUGUAGAAUGCUGGUCGUCGGCUUAUGUUCCAUUGGGAUUAACAGGCGUAAGGAAUUAAGUAAGUAAUAAUGAUCAUGAUGAUCAUAAUAAUACAAAGAUUUAUCAAUAAAGAUAAAAAAGACAAUUUCAUUUAACAACAAAAGGUCGUAAGUACAAUAAUCAAAUUAGGUCAUUCAAUAACUAAGAUUACUUCUAAUUCAUUGAUCUUGAAGUUGGCCAAUUGAGGAGAAGCGGUUCAAGAUAUUCAUCUUUUAAAAUUGAAUAAUUUGAAAUGUAAUUUAAGAGAUUAGCAAAAUUUGUAGGUCAACAAAUGAUCAUCAAAUAACAACACAUCACCACCACCAACAAUAACAAAAAAAAAAGAUUGAUCCAUUUAUUUGGAUUCGAUAAUCUAGCAAAUACCAUGUGAUCAAAGAAGAUAAUAUCAUUUUAUUGAUUAUAGUAUACUCUGAUUACAUCUAGUUUAUACAAAGAGCCAAAUAUAUAUAUUACGUAAUUGUUCGUGCCUUAGUGAUUAAUAAUUUCAACAACAACAAAAACUUAUCUUCGGGUAAGUUAAAUGUCAAAGAAUAUUAAUCUCUACCCGUAGCUCCUCCGAAGAUUAUAGCCAGUGCCAAGCUAACACAAAGUAGGAGUGUUAGUCAUGAGGUUAGCGAUCCCAUCCUGUAGAAAAACUAACUCAUUAAAAGAAAAACAUUAACCAGACAAACAAAAAAAGUACAUUUACAAACAUAUGAAUAGUAGAUUCCAUUCAUUAGAUCUUUUUCAUAUGUCUAUUAUGUUUGUCUAGUAAGUUAAGUAUCUGGUGAUUAGAUUGAUUUCUUAUCAUCCAGAUGAGGUGAAUAAAGAGAGAGAGAGAGAGAGAGAGAGAGAGAGAGAGAUUAUGAAUCUAUAGAUGAAUCAAUAAAAUGAAAGAAAGCAAAAUUAUGAUUUUUGUCACGAAAUACAUUUUUGAAAUGAUAACUGAUGGUUAAUUCGUGACGAUAUAUCAGCACUUGAAGUUAUGACACUUUAUAUCUUAAUCCGGAUUCUUCAAACUCAUUGGCGAGAUUAUAAUUUAUAGACGACCUUUGAACGAAUAUCAAAAUGACCUUGAGAAAUGUUAGUCAAUCAGUAAACAGUCAGUAUAGAGUAAAAAUAUAUACAAUACAAAACCAAAGAAUUUAAGUGGUAACAAUUUUUUUAUAUGGUAGAGGAACUCAUCCAUAUAGCUUCAUAAUAGUUGGUCUCUGGAGCCAUGAUAAGGUCAUAAAAAUACUUUUAGCUUCUACCAGAUAGCUUCAUCAUUGUUUUCGUGUAUUCCAGUUGAGGAUUAUAUAGUGAAGUAUUAGGUCCAACAUUACCUACUCUAAUGUAUAAUACCAAAUCCAAUUAUGAACAAAUUGGUAUAGCCUUAUCAACUAGAGCAAUUGGUUUAUUAUUUGGUUCAUUAAUUGGUGGAAUAUUAUCAGAUCGAUAUAAAUCCUUACGUAGUAUAUUUAUUAUAUUAUCAUUAAUAGUUGGUGCUAUUACUACAUUAAUUGUACCAUGGUGUUUAAAUGUUAUUAUAUUAACAAUUAUAUUAUUUAUAGCUGGAUUCUCACAUGGUUUCCUAACAACAAAUGGUAAUCCACUACUUGCUUCGGUUUGGGAAGAAAAAGCGGCUGGACCAUUUAGUUUAAUGCAUUCUGGUUAUGGUAUGGGAGCAGCAUUAGCUCCAUUAUUAGUGAAACCAUUUACAAUUCCUUCACCAUCAAAUAAUAAUGAUACCUUAGUAACAAAUAUUACUACUAAUCAACAGAAUAAUACAACUGAAUUAGUACUUGUCAAUGCUAUGAUCCCUUAUUCAAUAGUUGCUGGAAUUGUAUUAUUAUGUGCUUUUUAUUUUUUUAUAAUUACUUGUAUUGAUCAUUCAACCAAUUCAAAAUCCAAUGGAAUUAUGUUAUUAAAAGGUGACAACAAUACCAAGAUUACAUCAUCAACAUCAUUAUCAACCAAUCAAAUUUUUUCUAAAAAAUCUUCAAAAAAAUUAAAUUUCAAUUAUUUUAAAUUAAUUCAAACAAUUUUAUAUGAAAAAUUAAAAAAAUUAAAAAAAAUUAAUUUAAUUAUUAUUAGUUGUACAUUUAUUACUUUUUUUACUAUUGUAGGAAAUGAACGUGUUUAUGGAAAAUUUAUGUUUACUUAUGCAUUAUAUGGACCAUUAAAAUUAACAUUAAAUGAUAGUUAUAUAAUUAAUCUUAUAUAUUGGUUAUGUUUUUGUUUGGCACGUAUUUUAAUAUUUUUUAUAUCAAUAUGUUUAUCAGCACAUAUUAUAUUAGUUACUAUAGCAACUGGAACUUUGAUAAGUUCUAUUGGUUUAUGUAUAUUACCUUAUAAAAAAUUAUGGUUUUAUAUAUGUACUAUAUUAUUUAGUUUAUUUAAAAGUCCAUUAUUUCCAUCUACAUUAGCAACAAUGAAUCAUUCAAUUGAAAUUAAUGGUUUUAUUAUUAUUAUUGUAAAUUUUGGUAGUUCAUUUGGUGCUACUAUAUUACAAUAUACUGCUGGACGUUUAAUUAAUUUAUAUGGACAAUUUAUAUUUCCAUAUUUAGUAACUGGUACAUCAAUUUUAUUAUUAUUAACAUCAUUGAUAUUAAUAUUAACAUUAAAACAUAUUGGUAAUCGAUUUAAUAAUAAUGAUCAUCAUGAUCAUAUUAUAAUUGAUACAAUGCCUGAAUCAAUAAAUGAUGAUCACAAUGAUAAUAAUGAUCCUAAUGAUCAUUUUAUGAUCACUUCAUUACCAAGAUCAAAAUUUAUUGGAUCUAAAUUAACCACAAACAUUCCUCAAUCAAAUAUGAAUCCAAUAGAUCAUAAUAUUGAAAAAUUAUAAAAAAAAUUUAGAUUUGAUUUAAUCAAUAAUCAAUCAAUUAUGUAUCAGUGUAUGCAUGUCUGUGUGGUUGCGUGCGUUCGCGCGUGCGCACAUGAGUGCGUGUGUGUGAGAUAACUUUUGUGGUGCACAAGUUUUUAUUUUGUUUUUUUUUAUAAACAAAACAGUAUUUCAUUUUUAUUGUUUACAUCAUGUUUUGUCACUAAGGCGAAAAAAAACAAACAGACAAAAGGAAUUAUAUCAAAAUAUUUUUUUUAAAGUUUUUUGUUUCUCAUUUAAUAUUCAACAUUUUUUUUCAAA